CGGCGUCGGGGCAGGUCCCGCUCCGGGAUUCCGCACGAGGUGUUGACGGGGCCGCUUCUGCCCGUCUCUGUUCAGCGCCCACCGAGCCUGCGCCGCCCGGGCCGCUCGUUCCAGACGCUUCUGCGGCGCCAGGUUACCAGUGAGCCCCCUAGGAGACUGGACCCCAUGGCUUCCUGGAAGAGCCCCUGGUGGCUGCUGAUAUGGAUGGUUUUCACACACUCUGCCCUCCUGCAGACCAGAGCAGAGAAGUCUCCCGGAGCCUAUUUCCUGCCUGAGUUUGCACUCUCCCCUCAGGGAAGUUUCCUGGAAGAUACAACAGGGGAGCAGUUCCUCACGUAUCGCUAUGAUGACCAGACCUCCAGAAACACUCGUUCAGAUGAGGACAAAGAUAGCAACUGGGACGCUUGGGGCGACUGGAGCGACUGUUCACGGACCUGCGGGGGAGGAGCAUCGUAUUCUCUGCGGAGAUGUUUGACUGGCAGGAAUUGUGAAGGGCAGAAUAUUCGAUACAAGACAUGCAGCAAUCAUGACUGCCCUCCGGAUGCAGAGGACUUCCGAGCCCAGCAGUGUUCAGCCUACAAUGAUGUCCAGUAUCAGGGGCGUUACUAUGAAUGGCUUCCACGAUACAAUGAUCCCACUGCCCCCUGCGCACUCAAGUGUCAUGCAAAGGGACAAAACUUGGUCGUGGAGCUGGCACCCAAGGUACUGGAUGGAACCCGUUGCAAUACUGACUCCUUGGACAUGUGUAUCAGCGGCAUUUGUCAGGCAGUGGGCUGCGACCGGCAACUGGGGAGCCACGCCAAAGAAGACAACUGUGGCGUCUGUGCCGGUGACGGCGCCACCUGCAGGCUGGUGCGGGGACAAUCAAAGUCAAACGUUUCUCCUGAAAAAAGGGAAGAAAACGUAAUUGCUGUUCCUUUGGGGAGUCGAAGUGUGAGAAUUACAGUGAAAGGACCUGCCCAUCUCUUUAUUGAAUCAAAAACACUUCAAGGAAGCAAAGGAGAGCACAGCUUUAACAGCCCGGGAGUUUUUGUUGUAGAAAACACAACAGUUGAAUUUCAGAGGGGCUCAGAGAGGCAAACCUUUAAGAUUCCAGGACCUCUGAUGGCCGAUUUCAUCUUCAAGACCAGGUACACGGCAGCCAAGGACAGCGUGGUCCAGUUCUUCUUUUACCAGCCGAUCAGUCAUCAGUGGAGGCAAACCGACUUCUUUCCCUGUACUGUGACUUGUGGAGGAGGUUAUCAGCUCAAUUCUGCCGAGUGUGUGGAUAUCCGCUUGAAGAGGGUGGUUCCUGACCAUUAUUGCCAUUACUACCCUGAAAAUGUGAAGCCCAAACCCAAACUGAAGGAAUGCAGCAUGGAUCCUUGCCCGUCAAGCGAUGGAUUUAAAGAGAUCAUGCCCUAUGACCACUUCCAACCUCUCCCUCGCUGGGAACAUAAUCCUUGGACUGCAUGUUCAGUGUCCUGUGGAGGUGGGAUUCAGAGACGGAGCUUCGUAUGUGUGGAGGAGUCCAUGCAUGGAGAGAUCCUGCAGGUGGAGGAAUGGAAGUGCAUGUAUGCACCCAAACCCAAGGUUAUGCAAACCUGCAAUCUGUUUGACUGUCCCAAGUGGAUCGCCAUGGAGUGGUCCCAGUGCACAGUGACUUGUGGCCGAGGGUUACGUUACCGGGUUGUUCUGUGUAUCAACCAUCGUGGACAGCAUGUAGGCGGCUGUAAUCCCCAACUGAAGUUACACAUCAAAGAAGAAUGUAUCAUUCCCAUCCCGUGUUAUAAACCAAAAGAAAAAAGUCCAGUGGAAGCUAAAUUACCUUGGCUGAAACAAGCACAAGAACUAGAAGAGACCAGAAUAGCAACAGAAGAACCAAUGUUCAUCCCUGAGCCCUGGUCAGCCUGCAGCACCACGUGCGGGCCAGGCGUUCAGGUGCGAGAAGUCAAGUGCCGCGUGCUGCUGACAUUCACGCAGACGGAGACAGAGCUGCCCGAGGAAGAGUGUGACGGCCCUCCGCUGCCCACCGAGCGGCCUUGCCUCCUGGAACCCUGUGACGAGAGUCCCACCUCCUGGGAGCCAGCAGCCACCGUCUCCCUCCAGGAGAAGGAUAGUGAGAUGACUUACGACUGGGAGUACGCAGGGUUCACCCCCUGCACAGCCACGUGUUUGGGAGGCCGUCAAGAAGCCAUUGCAGUGUGCCUGCACAUCCAGACCCAGCAGACGGUCAAUGACACCUUGUGUGACACGGUCCAUCGCCCUCCAGCCAUGAGCCAGGCUUGUAACACGGAACCCUGCCCACCCAGGUGGCACACGGGCUCUUGGGGGCCCUGCUCAGCUACCUGUGGUGUUGGAAUCCAGACCCGAGAAGUGUACUGCGUGCACCCUGGCGAAUCCCCCUCCCCUCCUGAGGAAUGCAGAGAGGAGAGGCCCCAUGCCUUGCAAGCAUGCAAUCAAUUUGAUUGCCCUCCUAGCUGGCAUAUUGAAGAAUGGCAGCAGUGUUCCAGGACCUGCGGUGGGGGAACUCAGAAUCGCAGGGUCACCUGUCGGCAGUUAUUAACAGAUGGCAGCUUUUUGAAUCUCUCAGAUGAAUUGUGCCAAGGACCCAAGGCAUCUUCUCAUAAGUCCUGUGCCAGAACAGACUGUCCCCCCCAUGUAACAAUGGGAGACUGGUCGAAGUGUUCUGUCACUUGUGGUGUCGGAACCCAGCGAAGAAAGCAGGUGUGUCAAAGGCUGACAGCCAAAGGCCGGCGCGUCCCCCUCAGCGAGACGAUGUGCAGGCAUCUUCCUGGGGCCCCUCUCGUGAGGUCUUGCCAGAUGCCUGUGUGCAGGAAAAUGAAACCAGAGGUGAAGACAAAACUUGGUGAGCAGGGUCCUCAGAUCCUCGGGGUCCAGAGGGUCUAUAUCCAGACCAGGGAAGAGAAGCGCAUUAACCUGACUGUCGGUAGCAGAGCCUAUUUGCUGCCCAACACAUCUGUGAUUAUCAAAUGCCCAGUGCGACGAUUCCAGAAAUCUCUGAUCCAGUGGGAGAAGGAUGGCCGUUGUCUGCAGAACUCCAAACGCCUGGGCAUCACCAAGUCAGGCUCACUGAAAAUCCACAGCCUCGCAGCCCCCGACAUCGGCACGUACCAGUGCAUCGCAGGCUCUGCCAAAGAGACCGUUGUUCUCAAGCUCAUUGGCACGGACAACCGGCUCAUUGCACCCCCAGCCCUCAGGGGGCACCUGAUGGAAUAUCCUGGGAUGGACCACAAUGAAGCCAAUAAUUUGGGAGCCACAUGGCAUAAAAUGAGGCAGAUGUGGAGUACCAAAAACGAGCUGUAUCUGGAUGAUGGCCAGAUUAAUAACCAGCCUCUCUUGAGGGCCCUGUUGGGCCACUGCAGCAAUUCCGCAGGAAAUGCCAACUCCUGGGAGUUUAAAAAUAAGCAGUUUGAGGCGGCAGUUAAACAAGGAGCCUACAGCAUGGAUACCGCCCAGUUUGAUGAAAUGAUAAGAAACAUGAGUCAGCUCAUAGAAACCGGAGAGGUCAGCGAUGACCUUGCGUCGCAGGUGAUAUAUCACCUGGUGGCCGAGUUAGCUAAGGCGCAGGCGCCGGCACAUGCGCCCUGGAGGGGCAUCCCGGAAGAGGCCCCUCCGGCGGCUCACCUAAGGGGGGAGACCGGAAGUGUGCCCCAAAGCUCAAAUGUCAAAGACUCAGGCAAGCUGACGUUCAAGCCAAAGGGACCUGUCCUCUUGAGGCAAAGCCAGCCCACCUCGAUUUCCUUUAAUAAAACAGUGAACGCAAGGAUUGGAGACACUGUUUACAUUACAAGAAGGACCGAGGUCAUCAAUAUACUGUGUGAGCUCGAUACCCCCAGUGAGGCCACGUAUAUGUGGACCAAAGAUGGAGCAUCGCUGCAGCCCUCGGCAAAAGUCAUUUUGGAUGGAAUGGGGAAAAUACAGAUACAGAAACCUACAAAGAAAGACCAAGGUGUAUAUGGAUGUUCUGUAGCUAAUCAUCUCGGUUCGGAUGUGGAAAGUUCCUCUGUUCUGUAUGCAGAGGCACCUGUCAUCUUAUCUAUUGAAAGAAACAUCACCAGACCAGAGCACAGCCUUCUCUCCGUCGUGAUUGGAGGCAUCGUGGAGGCACCCCUGCGAGCGAACGUGACAAUCCAAUGUCCUGUAAAAGGUAUCCCUCAACCUAAUAUAACUUGGUUGAAGAAAGGAGGAUCUCUGAGUGACAGUAUUUCCUUGCUUUUCAAUGGAUCCCUGUUGUUGCAGAAUGUUUCCCUUGAAAAUGAAGGAACCUAUGUCUGCACAGCCAUCAAUGCUCUUGGAAAGGCAAAGGCAACAUCUGUCCUCCACUUACUGGAGCCUUUCUGGGAGCUUGGUAACUGGACACAUUGUUCUGCCACCUGUGGCCACUUGGGAGCCCGCGUUCGGAGACCCCAGUGCAUGAUGGCCAAUGGGCAGGAAGUGAGUGAGUCCUUGUGCAAUCACCUCCAGAAGCCACUGGCUGGGUACCAGCCCUGUAACCUCCAGGACUGCCCCUCAAGGUGGUUCACGAGUGCGUGGUCCCAGUGUUCUGUGUCUUGUGGGGAAGGAUUCCGCAGUCGGCAAGUGACAUGCAAGCGCACGAGAGCCAAUGGCACUGUGCAGGUGAUGUCGCCAAGAGCAUGUGCCCUCAAGGACAAACCUUUGGGAAGGAGACCCUGUGCCAGUCACCCGUGUGUUCAAGGGGCCAUUGAACCAGGGAGCCAGUGUCCUGGACGUUGCCUGGGUCAUGCUGUGAGGAUGCAGCAGCCUCAUGUGAUUUGUCAACUUCACAACAGUUCUGACUCUGACUGCGAUGACAGAAGGAGACCCAGCUUGAAGAGGAACUGCUCAUCGGAGGCUUGUGACACAUGUUGGCGCACAGGCCCCUGGAGGCCCUGCACGGCGGCCUGCGGCCGGGGCUUCCAGUCUCGGAAAGUCGACUGUGUCCACACCAGGAGCUGCAAACCAGUGGCUGAGAGACGCUGUGUGUCCAGAAGGAAACCCACUUCCUGGCGGCACUGCCUGGGGCCUUCCUGUGAUAGAGACUGCACAGACACAACUCACUACUGUACGUUUGUAAAGCAUCUUCAUUUGUGUUCACUAGACCUCUACAAACAAAGGUGCUGCCGGUCGUGUCAGGAAGGACAAAACUUUGGGGGUUCGUAAUGCUGCUGUGAAGAUAAAACAAAAAUGUAAAAGCUCUCUUCCCCAUGUAGCUGACUCCAAGACAUGUCUUUCUUUGAGAAACUCUAGACUCUACAGUCAAACAGGGGUCGACACCAGAUCGCCACUGAUAAAAUUUGAUAUUGCCACUUCCCCGUGGCGAGUUUUUAAUUCCAAUUCUCUUCAAUGAUCUGCCCGAGGACUAACACCACCUGCCACAGCAGGCACGCCACCGCACGUGGGACCUCGCCGUGUGCUUCUCAUCAGGAAGUCACCAAGAUCACCGGUGCGUGGUCACAAGCUGCCUCUUCCUGUGAUUUGUCCUCUAAUCUAGAGCAGGACAUCCUGAAGACUUGGGAAACACAGCAACAGAUGGCCUCUCUUCUCAGUUUUAGGGUUUCAACAGGUUUAUAAGGCAUUUGCAUUUUAGAAGCUCUGGCCAGUAGUUGUUAAGAUUCGGCGCUAAUGGCAUUUAAAAGAGACAAUUCCCUUGUUCAGGCUCAGAACCCUGGCCGAUCCAGGGAUCCUGGGCAAUGGCAUCUUGGCCUUGCUCUUCGAGAACCCAUGGAAGAAAAGCAGAGUAAACGUUGCUGCCAUUUUCACAACUACGGAAAUCUCGCUGUGACCAAAUGAUGCAUCUUGGAAAUCAAAGGAGAGGGAAAGUUAUACCUUUUCUACUGAUUUUGAAGUAUAUUCAAUGCUUUCUUUUAAGAGCUGUGAAUGAAACUUUUUUCUAAGCACUAUUCUCUUGCACACAAACAGAAAAUCAAAGCCUUAUUAGACCUAAUUUAUGCAUAAAAUAGUAUUCCUAAGGAUUUUUAUUUUGGGGAAAUUAUAAGAAAGUCAUCUAACUAUGAAACAUGAGAGUUGAAAAGAAUUGUUUAUAGUAAAUCAUUGUUUUAAUCUGAACUGAUUUUGUCAGUAACCCCAAAGCAAAUUAGGGUUAGGCUUUGAAGGGACAGUUGGGACGAGGGGUUAGAGUUAGAAUUUGGUGAAGAAGUUUAGGGUUCAUUUUAGAUUUAGGAUUGGGUUAGGUGAGGAUGGAAGAUAAGUUGGGGUGAAGGCUGGAGUUGGCUUUAAGGAUCAGGGUGAGGACCAGAGUUGGUUUGGGUUUGGAAAGGGCCAAUGCUGGGGUGUUGGCGGUGGUGUCAGGGUGGAGGUUAAGUUUGGAGUGAAUGUGGCUGCGGAAGGAUUUUAGGACUCGCCUGAAAUCCUAAGUUCUAAAGCUGAUAGGGCUAGGGGGCUCUUUCCUCACUUUCCACCAUGUAUGGCUUUGGAUGGCAUGCAACCCCAAAUAAAUGGUCAUCCUUCUUUGUUCUGUGUCUCAGCCACCUGUACGCAUGCUGCCUAUAGCCUGUUGGCAGCAGAGUCACCUGAAGCAGGUGUGCUGGAUCCAGCCCCCCGGGGCCUCUCGUCAGUGAACAGGGCGUUCUGGCUUUGGGAUUUGUCUGCGGACAAGCUUGCUGGGUCUCUCUGCCAUAUCCUGAGCACCGGCUCUCUUACUCUAACUUCAGCCUCACUGACACUGGGAUGAGCACUGCUGUAUGUGGAGGGUUGGUGGUUGGGACGGAUGUGGGAGCGUGAUGAGGAUGCACCAGCCCAUGAGUCGUUAAUCAUCCAUCACACUUGAUUGCUGAAGGUUUUUAAAUGAAAGGAGAGAUCAUUUGUAAAAUACUCUUUGUAUAUAUUUAUUAUAUGACUUAAAGGUGCAAUAUUUUAUUUUGUACAGUAUGUAAUAAAGACAUGGGACAUAUAUUUUUCUUGUUAACAAAAUGUCUUAUUAAAUUGCUUCACCUUUGUAUUUAAA